GAACAGCACCGCCCUUGGCCUUUUUCUACCUGGCGCAUUUCAGCUUAUUUCCAUAUUUCGCUUUCCACUCCAUCUCCAACCAGCGGGGGUGCAAUUUACUUGUCUUGUUGCUCUAUUCGUGCCGGAAGGGUUCUUAUAACACCACACAGCUCUUUCUCCCUGCACAUCUCACAGUCUCUUGGAAACCCACAUCAGCAAGGCAUUUCAGUUCGUCGUCAACCCACAGAUUUCGUAUUUGUUCGAUCAGCAACAGCGUGCUUUAGACGGAUAAUAUGAACUCAGCUCCGUACCAGCAACACGCAGGCGCCCAACAGCGUCCGCCACCGCCGCCGCCUGGAUCGGUGCCUGGAGCUCAGCCGGGCCAGAGGCCACCGGUAGGCAUGCGCCCGCCGAUGCCCCAGGGAUCUCCGGCACCCGGAAUGGGCGUACAGACCGCCUAUGCAGCAGCAACAGCCUGGAAUUCGGCCCCAGCCACAAAUGCAAAUGAGGCCCCUAUGCCCCAGCAGCAGCAGCAGCAGCAACAGCAGAUGCCACAGCAGGCCCGGGUAGUAUCGCCUCAGCAGCAACAGCAGCAGUAUGCCCCUCAGAUUCAGCGGCCGCCGAUGUCGAUGCCGUACCAGCAGCAGCAGCCUAUUGCUCAGCAGCCUCAGGCGAUGGCGCCUGGCAUGGCGGGCAUGACCCAGCAGAUGGGAAACAUGAACCUUGGUCAGCCUCAGCAGCAGCAGCAGGGGAUGCAAUCGCCUCCCCCCGGCUCCCACGCCCACGCCCACGCCCACAAGGCCCGGGCCAAGCGCGUGUAUGCGCCAGCCGCCUCCAUGGGGGCUCCCGGCGCCGCUGCUGGUGCUCCUCCGGCCGGCUACCCGCCGAUGUCUGGCGCCCCGCCGCAGCAGAUGCCCUACGGUGCCCAGGCCCAGCCUCAGCCUGGCUAUCCCGCAGCGCCGGGUGGUCAGCAAACAUUUGUGCCGGGCGCUCAGGCACCGACUCCUGGGCCAGCAGCCGGUAGUCCGUAUGCUCGCCCUGCGCCGCUGACUGGCGGGGUUGCAGGAGCCCCGCAGCAGGCGCCAUACGAGCCUCCCAGACCACGCAUUGACCCGAACCAGAUGCCCACCCCGUCUGCAGUGCACACGCAUGACCAGGAGCUGCACAACGAGCAGCCAUACUCGACGGCACUCAAGACCAAUGUCCCACUGGCGUCCACCAACUUCACGGCCAUUGACGAAGGCAAUAGCAACCCGCGCUUCAUGCGCAUGACUAUGUACAAUUUGCUCAAGGCGUCGCACCUGCCACUCGGCAUGAUUGUCCAGCCGCUUGCGGACCUGGCUCCAAGCGAGGCUCCAGUGCAGCUCAUUGACUUUGGCGCCGAAGGCCCGAUCCGCUGCAUCCGCUGCAAGACCUACAUCAACCCGCACAUGACAUUUAUCGAGGGUGGCAAGCGUUUCGUGUGCAACAUGUGUCGCCACGAGAACGAGGUGCCUGAGGACUACUUCUGCAACCUGGACAUGGCUGGCCAGCGCCUGGAUCGUGAGGCACGGCCUGAGCUGCGGUGCGGAUCGGUCGAGUUUGUUGCCACCAAGGAGUUCAUUACCCACAACCCCAGGCCCGCCACCUAUAUCUUCGCCAUUGACGUGACGUGGAACGCGGUGCAGAGUGGCAUGGUUGCUACUGCAGCCAAGACCAUCAAGGACCUUCUGUACCAGGGCCCCGGUCUGCCGGCUGGCACGCGUGUUGGCAUCAUUACCUUUGAUCGUAGCGCGCACUUUUACAACCUGUUGUCGUCGCUGGAUCAGGCACAGAUGAUGGUGGUGCCCGACAUCCGUGACAUCUUUGUGCCGCUCAACGAGGGGCUGGCUGUCGAUCCGAUCGAAUCUCAGCUCAUCAUUGAGCAGUUGCUUGACUCGCUGCCUGCCAUGUUUGCACGCAACCGCACAGCCGAGCCCGUGCUGGGUGCUGUUAUUCAGGCUGUCCAUGAGACACUGAGCGGCUGUGGCGGUAAGCUGUUUCUGCACAACACUGACAAGGAAAAGACGCUGUACGAGCCACAGGAUUCGUUCUACCACGAGUGGGCUGUCAAGCUUGUUGAGCAAGGCAUCAGCUGCAACCUGUACCUGUUCCCCGCUGCCUACAUCGACGCGGCCACACUAGGCCAGCUGUCGACUGUGACCAGCGGCGAAAUGUACAUGUACCCGGCCUUCCACACCGAUCGGGACGGGCCCCAGUUUGCCAGCGAUCUGCGCUAUGAUGCCCAGCGUCCGUUCGGCACCAACGGCGUCCUGCGUAUCCGUACCUCUGACGGUCUGCGCGUCGACGAGCACUAUGGCAACCUUUACAUGCGCAAUCAUGUCGACGUCGAGCUUGCAGGCAUUACCAGCGACACGGCUAUCGGCGCCUUGCUCCAGUACGACGGGAAGCUCGAUGAGAAGCAGGACGUGUACUUCCAGGUUGCGCUUCUGUACACCACCUCUGAUGGCCAGCGGCGUAUCCGCGUGCACAACCUGGCGAUUCCGUGCACGACUUUGAUUGGCAACAUGUUCCGUCACUCCGAGGUUGAUGCCAGCAUGAACCUGGUGGCCAAGAUGGCUGUCGCUGAUGCAAUGCACACCCCGCUGAAGCAGAUCCGCGACAAGCUGACUGAUCGCACUGUGCAGAUUCUGACUGCAUACCGCCGCAACUGCGCAUCAGGCAGCUCGCCCGGCCAGCUGAUCCUGCCCGAGGCCUACAAGCUCCCGGCGCUCCGUGGUGGUGCCGAUGUGCCAAUCGACCAGCGCGUGUACCACAUGAACCUGCUGCGCCAGUUCUCAGUGCCCAGGUCCAUGGAGUACUUCUACCCACGCGUUCGCACCCGUGCACUCGCUCGACGACCGGUCCUGGUCACGCUUCCGCCUCUGUCACGCGCCUCGUAUACGGUCCUGGACCCAACUGGCGCAUACCUGAUUGUCAACAAGGGCUCAUCGCUGUACCUGUGGCUCGGACGCCAGACGCCGGCUUCCUUUGUCCAGGAGGUGCUGGGUGCACCUGCAGUGGAGCAGGUUGAUGUACUGGCCCACCAGCUGCCAGAGCUCGACACGGCGCUGAACCAGAAGAUCCGCGCUAUUGCGCGUCAGUUGGUGCCGCUAGCGCGCCGAGGUCUGGACCAAAGCGAGGUCGCCCUGGCUUCGUUGCUUGUGGAGGACCGCAACAACGACAACAUGACCUACGUUGAUUUUGUCUGUGCUGUCCACCGCCAGAUCCAGCUCGAGAUCCGCCCUAAGGGUCCGCUGGAGCCCAAGUGGUCGUACAACUAA